AUGGGGCGUCAAGAGCGCAGUCUCAAAAAACGGGCCAAAAUCGACUUUCUGCAACUGUCAGCUGCUGAAUGGACACGAGUCGGUCAAUUCACGGACCUUCUUUCAUACGCCGACGUCGCCCAGCAAGCUUUCUCAUCUGAUCGAGGAUCAACUCUCCAUCUCGCGAUACCUGCCCUGGAGACGCUCCACAAGUCUUGGUCUUCGCGAGCCGAAAGGCCCAAGUAUACUCGGUUUGCUCGUGCACUGAAGGCAGCAGCAACAAAGCUAGAUGAGUAUUAUGAGAGAACUACAAACUCUCCAGCCUACAUCAUCGCUAUGUUACUUGAUCCAACGGCAAAAAUUGCUUACUUCAAAAAGCAUUGGCCGUCGAACUUGCUUGAUGAUGUGCUUACGUGUGCCGAGAAUGUGUUCAAACAG